AGCAUGUUAUCGAAUCUCUGUAUAUAAGUGUGUUGGGAGUCGAUAUUUUAUAGUUGUACAUCACAAAAGUAUACACACUAAGCAAAGAAUUUAGCAAGAAAAUCAACCUCGAUGAAAAGCUCGUCAUCGUCAACUAUCCUCGCACUUCUGCUGCUGCUUUGUCUCCUCCACGGGAACAAAGCCGCAGCAUCCCCUCGCCCUGACGGCACGAAGUACGGAGUGCAGUACUGCAAAUUCGGUUCAUUCCGCGCGUCUUUUUUGCAUCUUCGAUAUGGCGUCUGCAAGGACUCGGUAUGCGACACCGCGUGCAACAUCAAAUUUGGGGAACCUGGAAUACUUAUCAGAGGACAAUGUGAUCGUCGAUACUGCGUAUGUUCCAUGCAGUGCUACUUUCCGGCCCCGCCGCCGCCGCCGGCGGCGAAUCCGGAUCCAGAAUUAAAUUAAGCGAGAGCGAUUAAUUUCAGUGGGACUCAAUAAAUGGAUUGGCAGCCUCCGGUUAGUUAAUGAUUACUCAGUAGCUACAAGUUUUGUUGUUGGUAGACUUUUUAUUAUUAUUAUUAUUAUUACUACUUAGCUUCCUAUUUUGUAGAAUAGGGAAUCUAGUCCGGUACUAGCUAGUCAUGGAAAAAAAUUCAGGUACUCAACAUUUGUUGCUCUCCCCUUUAUUUUCGUCAAGGUAUUUUAGUCCAGAACUUACCUCUACAAACAGUCACAUUCUGCCUCCAAAAUGUUUCUUUAGUUUGU